AUGAUUCGUUGGUGCUCUAUCUUCGCGGUCAUUAGCCUCUUGGCCGCCAGCACCGUGGCCAGCCCAGUGGAAACUCUCUUCGAAAGGGACGACAAUGCAGGCCUUACCUGUAGCACCAGACAAAAUUGCAAGAGCUACUACAAAACCGGUCUCACGACAUGCGCCUCUGGCUACACGCAGCAGCACAUCGAGGCCUCUGGUACAACGGGAGGUUCGGCCUGCACAAAAAAAUGCACCAAAGACGAGGAAAAACAAUGUUUCGCCGAGAAAUGCAAGUACAAAACAUCUGAGUGUGACAAGUAUCCGGCAAGUGGAUUUUGCAAGGAUGCUCUUAAUUGGUGCGAGACACCGAUCAAGAUGGACAAGAGUAUCUGCACAGGACUCUAUAUGAGCGAGCCUGUGAGUUACGACGAAACGAAGGGAACAUGUGCUCCGGACAGCAGUCCAGAGGCAAACGUCUCAAAGCAUCUUCGCAUGAAGAUGGAGCGGGUCGGGUUGGCACUUUACAUGGAAUGCAACCCGGUUACCAUCGAUGGUGCGAAGUAUAUUGUGAAACAUGUCAAGACCAAAACUGGUCUAACUCGCUGCUCGAAAGUGGAUUACACACAACCCGCUCCCAUUAUGACUUGCGAAGCAUCCGAUAACCUGUGGCCUGAAAUUAAGGGUUAUGCCGAAGAGGCUUGCAAAAUUGCGGAACACCCUGUUGGAACGGAGACUCGGUUUGAAAGUCGCAAAGUUUAG